AGGGGCAAAAAAAAAUCAAAUAAUCGUUGACUGGGAAACAAAACUAACAGAUAAAGAUGCUGGAUUACCAAAGCAACGGCGGAGAUGGCGGUGCCGAUGAUUUCAACGACUCCAGAUCUCUACAUUCGCAUGAUGGUGAUAAUAGAGAAAGAGGGUCUUCUAGAAGCAGGGAGAGGGAAAGGGAAAGGCAGAGAGACAGGGACCGUGAAGGUGAGCGGAGCAGAGACAGGUAUAGGGAACAUGAUAGGGAUAAGGAUCGUCACCAUAGGGAUCGAGAUCUACACCGGGAUCGAAGUGAUAGAAGAGAGAGGGAGAGGACUCGAGACAGAGAUGAUGACGAUUACCACCGGAGUCGGGAUUAUGACAGGCGAAGAGAUUAUGACAGAGAUAGGGAGGAGAGGCACAGACAUAGGUCCAGAUCUCGAGGGGGGAGAUCAGACCACCGAUCAAGGUCACGGUCUCGAUCACGCUCCAAAAGCAAAAGGAUCAGUGGCUUUGACAUGGCACCUCCUCCUGAUACUUUGAUGCAUGGUGCUACCUCUCUGCCUCUCCCAGGUCAGGUACCUGCUGCUGCUGCUUCAGCUGUUCCUGGAGUCCUUCCCAACAUGUUUUCAUUGCCAACUGGACAGCUUGGAGCUUUACCUGUUAUGCCCAUUCACGCUAUGACUCAACAGGCCACUAGACAUGCUCGACGGAUAUAUGUUGGCGGACUUCCUCCAACAGCUAAUGAACAGUCUAUUGCGACCUUCUUCAGUCAUGUGAUGUCGGCAAUUGGAGGAAACACUGCUGGUCCAGGGGAUGCUGUUGUAAAUGUUUACAUCAACCACGAGAAGAAAUUUGCUUUUGUGGAGAUGAGGUCCGUUGAAGAGGCCAGUAAUGCUAUGGCAUUGGAUGGCAUUAUUUUUGAGGGAGCACCAGUUAAGGUGAAAAGACCCACAGACUACAAUCCCUCAUUAGCUGCUACUCUUGGUCCAAGCCAACCUAACCCAAAUCUAAACCUUAAUGCUGUUGGACUGAACCCGGGUUCUGCUGGUGGGCUUGAUGGUCCUGACCGUAUUUUCGUGGGUGGUCUUCCCUAUUAUUUCACGGAAGGGCAGAUCAGAGAGCUGCUGGAGUCCUUUGGGCCUCUUCGUGGUUUUGAUCUGGUGAAAGAUAGAGAGACUGGAAACUCUAAGGGCUAUGCAUUUUGUGUUUAUCAGGAUUUAUCAGUGACUGAUAUUGCUUGUGCAGCACUUAAUGGGAUUAAGAUGGGCGAUAAAGUUCUGACUGUUAAGCGUGCAAGCCAGAGUACUGCACAACCUAAACCUGAGCAAGAAAGUGUUUUAUUGCAAGUGCAGCAACACAUAGCUUUGCAGAAACUCAUGUUACAGCCUGGGACAGCGGCCACAAAGGUUUUAUGCCUGACACAAGUGGUUACUGCCGAUGAGCUGAGAGGUGAUGAGGACUAUGCAGAUAUAUUGGAAGACAUGAGAUUGGAAUGUGGAAAAUUUGGUACCUUGCUUAACCUGGUUAUCCCACGGCCAAAUCCAAAUGGCGACCCGACACCAGGUGUUGGAAAGGUGUUUUUGGAGUAUGCUGAUGUUGAGAGUGCUGCAAAAGCUCGUCAAGGAUUGCAUGGAAGAAAAUAUGAUGGAAAUCAAGCGGUGGCUGUGUUUUACCCAGAGAAUAGGUUCUCUCAAGGUGAUUAUGAUGGCUAAGCAGUGGCCGCUACUGGUUUUGUUGCUAACCCGAGAGUUGCUCAACCACUGCCAUGGGCGUGAUAUGUGCUAUCCUAUAAUUCAUAUUAGGAAGUGAUACAUGAAUGGUUUAAGCUUUGUACUAAAGAUUUAUCUCUUGGAUUUUAGGUUUGCAUUUGUACUUGGGAUUGUAGAAAGAUUGUCGAACUUCGAUUUAGACUUUUGAGUGUCACCUUGGAUCUUUCUGUGUUUGUUUGUUAAGCUCCGUUUAAUGUUUGAUUA